AUGGGCUAUGAUCCUACAGAUCAGACGCCAGUUAACGAACGUCUGGCCGUCAGCUGGGUGAGCCAAAACCCGGGACAAGUUCUCAGCUCGAACUUCGCAGACCAUGCCCAGAACACAAGUAUGGCCAUGAUGUGUACUCGAGACCCGGGAGCAAACAAGCCAUUGGUGACGCAGCUGGAGUACACCUGGAUGCGAGAUUUGGGUCAGACAUACUUCGACGUUAGCAAUGUGGAAGGAGAGCCAUUUGCGGAUGAAGGUUUCAUCAUGACAGUCAAGGACCCAAAGACGCCAUUGUUCAACACCUGUUACGGUGCUCACUGCGAAGCGGGGGACACAAGCUGUAACCAGGUGUAUGAGAAGUCCAACGAUGACUUCCAAGAGUAUAAGGAGGUCUUGCCAGAGUUUAGAUGUGUUCAAAUGUUUGAGUUUUAG